GAGGGAGAGAGGGAGAGGGAAAGAGACAGAGACAGAGGAAAGAGGCUGUGGAAGGGUUCAGCCGGAUAGUAGAGAUAGAGAGAUAGAGCAGCUGAGCAAAAGAGAAAAAGACAGAAAGAGAGAGAAAGAGAGAAGGAAGGACUGUUAGCAGAGAGCUCAUGUUGGAACACUCUUCGUCGGAGCGGUGCUUUGUGCCGAGGGUGUGUGUCGACAGCAUGCUCUGCCCCCACACACCCGACACACUCGCCGCUGUUGCCUCCGCCAGGACCGAGGAACUGCUGCUGAGUAACGGCACCGCCGGGAAGAUGAACGGGGCGCUGGAGCACUCCGACCAGCCCGACCCGGACGCCAUCAAGAUGUUUGUGGGCCAGAUCCCCCGCGCCUGGUCCGAGAAGGAGCUCAAGGAGCUGUUUGAGCCCUACGGAUCCGUCUACCAGAUCAACAUCCUGAGGGACCGCAGUCAGAACCCCCCACAGAGCAAAGGGUGCUGUUUCGUCACGUUUUACACAAGAAAAGCUGCCCUGGAGGCCCAGAAUGCACUGCACAACAUAAAGACCUUAACUGGGAUGCACCAUCCUAUUCAGAUGAAGCCUGCAGACAGUGAGAAAUCAAAUGCUGUGGAGGACAGGAAGUUGUUCAUCGGCAUGGUGUCAAAGAAGUGCAACGAGAACGACGUGCGGGUCAUGUUCUCCGCCUUCGGACAGAUCGAGGAGUGCCGGAUCCUGCGCGGACCCGACGGGCUCAGCAGAGGCUGUGCGUUUGUCACGUUUUCAACCAGAGCCAUGGCACAGAAUGCAAUCAAAGCCAUGCAUCAGUCUCAAACCAUGGAGGGUUGCUCGUCUCCGAUCGUGGUGAAGUUUGCCGACACACAGAAGGAUAAGGAGCAGCGUCGGCUCCAGCAGCAGCUGGCCCAGCAGAUGCAGCAGCUCAACUCCGCCUCCGCCUGGGGCAGCCUCACCGGAUUGGGCGGCCUCACCCCGCAGUAUCUGGCAGUAAGGGGACACGCCCACCACUCGGCCACGCCCACCCAGCCCAGCGCAAUCAACGCAGCGGCAGCCGCACUCCUACAGCAGGCCACAACCACCAGUAGCUUGGGAGCAUUUAGUGGGAUCCAGCAGAUGGCAGGUAUGAACGCUCUGCAGUUGCAGAACCUAGCCACGUUAGCCGCCGCGGCCGCCGCGGCUCAAAGCACGGCCAGCCCGUCCUCCAACGCCCUGGCCGGCUCCGGGGGCUCUCUGGGAGCACUGGCCAGCCCAGCUGGUACCACGGCUAACUCCAGUGCCAUGAGCUCCCUUGGUUCUCUGGGGACACUGCAGGGCUUGGGGGCCACCAUGGGCCUCAACAACAUCAAUACACUAGCAGGUAGUGUCAACAUUGCUCAAAUGCUCUCAGGUAUGGCGGCACUUAACGGUGGACUGGGCGGCACCGGCCUCACCAACGGCUCGGUCGGGUCCAUGGACGCGCUGACCCAGGCCUACUCAGGGAUCCAGCAGUACGCCGCUGCCGCUCUGCCCACCCUCUACAGCCAGUCCCUGCUCCAGCAGCAGAGUGCCGCUGGUAGUCAGAAAGAGGGUGUGUAUGUGGGUCCGGAAGGUGCCAACCUCUUCAUCUACCACCUGCCCCAGGAGUUUGGGGACCAGGACAUCCUCCAGAUGUUUAUGCCUUUUGGGAACGUGGUGUCCGCCAAAGUCUUCAUCGACAAACAAACCAAUCUGAGCAAGUGCUUCGGGUUCGUGAGCUAUGACAACCCAGUGUCGGCCCAGGCUGCCAUCCAGGCCAUGAACGGCUUCCAGAUCGGCAUGAAACGCCUCAAAGUGCAGCUCAAGCGCUCCAAGAACGACAGCAAACCGUACUGAUGACUAGCGCUAGGGCUUAAGAUGUCUGUUAGCACUGCUAGGACUCAUCACCUCCAUGCCCGUUAGCUCUUCGUUUGCCUAGCAUGUCUGCGUGGCCCUCCUCCGUCAUUGUUUCUGAUGUCUUUCUGAGUUCCACCUGAUCAUAACCUGGUCUUCUUCUACUGACCUUUCAACUUUGAACCUUAGCUUGACCUUUGUGGAGAAAGAAAAAAAAUAUAUUAUAUAUAUAUAUAUACACACACACGAUUUUUUUGCAUGUGACCUCAUUUGGGCUACUUAUUUUUUCUUUUCUUUUUUGUCGUUUUUUGGAGUAUAGGGGGGGGGGGUGGUGAGGGAAAAGGGGGUGUGGUGGAGGACAGAUGAAUUAAUCAAUGUGAAAAACAGAUGCAGAGCUGCAUUUACACGAAAGACUGAAAACUGCUUUUACCUAUGGGGAUACGUACAUUAUACCACAAACAAAGUUAUUACAAGUGACGAAAAAAAGCAAAUCCUGUGGCAACAUAAUUUCAUUUUUUGUCUCCAUUUUUUUUUGUGUCGUUUCACCUUUAAACAAAUCUUUGAUUUACCUUCUUUCUUACGUUAGCUGUUUCAUUUUAUUUUUUCACUUAAAAUAAACUUGAACAUUUGAAUACAGGGGUUUGGCAUGGGUCUCUGCUCCUAGUCUCACCCCUGCAAAACCACACGAGACUGGGAACCGCCUAUGCCCGUUUCUAUGGAAACUAGACUACUUCCAAGCAUUUUUUCGUUUCUUUUCUUUUCUUUUUUUAAGGCGAAAAGGGUCGGGGUACUGUCUAGCCGAUGUUUUUUCUCUCGAGUCUCUCUCUCUCUCCGAGAGUCUCCCUCAUGGUUUCUACAUUUUUCAGGCAGUGUAAAGUUUUUUGAUAAGUAAGGGGGCCAUUUUACAUGGCUUGGUUUUCUCAUUUUAAACAAGUGGAAAAAAAACAUAAAAGUUAUAUAUAGAACCACUUUUUUCUAGAAUAGAAGAAUACAAAAGAUUAUUAAAAUAAAAGACUCACCCUGUUUCGGGUAGGGGUGUAUGCUACCUACGUACGUAUGUCACCUUUUUUGCUGACCUGACCUACAGUUGGACAAUCCAUGGUUAAAAUGCACAUGAAAUGACCUAUAUUUUAUACUUCUCAGAUGUACAGAGGUUACGAAAAAAAAACUAAAACUCGAGAGAAAGAGAGAGUGCAGGGGAAGGAGAUGAAAAUAAAUAAAUAAAUAAAUACAUUUUAAAAAGCAGUUUGUGUUAACCCGCGUUAGCGUCCGGUGCUUCACGUGGAUUCAGUCGUGAUGUCAUCACUCAGUCUUACAGUCUUUUAUUGUCACAUGUUUUUUGGAAAGAGAAGACUAACAAAAAAAAAUCAGCUUACUUGAACAAUAGACAAAGCCUUUCAUAAUACUAAUUAUUAUUAUUAUGAUUAUUAUUAUUACUAUUAUUAUUAUUACUGCUAGUACUACAGUAUAAUUCUUCUUUUUUUAAGUCCCUAUUUGCUAAAAAUGUUCUCGUCGAGUCAAAAAUUAGCUACGUACAAUUUUUGAGAAAAUAUAUAUUAUAUUAUAAACAAUGUCAGCUUGUGAACCAUCGGUGUCUGUAUGAUCUGAUUUUGUUUCAUUAUUUUAUUUCCAAUUUUUGUUUUUGAUUCUAUUGUGGGAAACAAUAUUUAGCUGUGUUUUCGUUGUUCGGCAAAAAUGUUAUUUCAAUGUUUUUUGUUUAUUUGUUUUUGUUCUAGUUUUUUUUUUUCAAAAAAAAGUCUUGAGUGGAGUUCUUAGUGCCAAACUCUGAAGGUACAGUACUUCUUGCCUGGAGCCUCUGUUCUGUAAUCGUGUAAUUAUUUGAUAACAUGAGUAUUUCAUGACCUUUUCAUGACCUUUGGAGCUUUCUGUGGAUCCCACAUAUUUAAUGACAUGGAUCUGAAAAAAAAUACGGUUGUUAACUUGCUAUUCUGUGGUCUUGUUGCCUGAAAAAAAUGUCAUGUUAAUUGCUUUAUUUGCUGUUGUUUGUUUCUCGCUUUUGUGUAAAGAUGUGUAAAGUGCCCAUGUGUCAUACGUACAGCACAUGCUUGACAGCUCACAAUUUCACACACACACACAUACACCCACAAACACACACACACACACACAGACAAAACAGCAGACCUCACAGCUCUUGUUUCUAAUGAUAGGUAUGGGAGACCCAUAAGGUUAGAGUCUCAGCAGUGGCCAUUUCAACACAAACAAA